CCUGGACGCCAUUCGCGGCUCCAUUCGCGGCCGCCUCAACCUCAACGCCGUCGCCUUCUGCUCCACGUCGCUGGGUAGUGCUUGCAUGGCGCCCUCGAGCACGCGGACCGCCGCCGCCGAGGCACUCGUGCGGACCGUGAGGCUCUUCGUCGACGGCCCCGGGAAGCGCGUGCUCUUCGCGGAGGCCAGCGAGGGCGCCGCCGCCUUCCUCUUCGCCCUCCUUGCCGCGGUCGGGGGGCUGCUACGGAAGGACCCGGCGUCCGCCGCGGCAGGCUGCUUCGGGAACCUCGCCGCCGCCGAGGCCCUACUGCCAGGGGGGCCUGCCUCUACCGCCUCCUCCCGCGCGCCGCCGCCGGCGUCUCCCGCCCCCAAGGGCAUGGGCAUCAUGGGGCGGCGGCUGUUCCGGUGCGGCCACCUCGGGUGCCGCUGCAGCGACGUCGCGUCGCGGGAGGCCGGCUCCGCGUGCCCCUGCGCGUCCCCGUCCUGCUCCCGCGCCAGCGCCAACGGCGACGGCGCGUCCGGGAGGCGCGACACGGAGCUGCACUUCCUCGAGGCCUGCUUGUACCGCCGCCCGGACGGGUCCGCCGCGGCGGCCCUCGGCCGCGGCGCCGGGCGGAGCGGGAACGCCUUCUACCGCUGCCGCGCGCGCGACGAGAGGCACGGUCGCGAGAUCGUCGAGUGCCGCUUCCGCGUCACGGACGAGCGCGGCGUCGAGUGCCCGCUCUGCGGCAGCCACACCACCGCGGCGGUCACGUGCGCCAAAGGCCGGCGACGGCGAGGACUCAUCCGUCUCCGCGCGUCCGGACGCGGGGGGCGGCGGCGAGGCCGCGGGACCUCCUACCACCAUUAGCUACGCCAUCAUGGACGACCUCGUCGUGAGGCCAAUUGCCGGCGGCCUGAGCGGCGUCGCGGCCGACCCAGACGACGUGCGCGAGGAGACCGUGCCCUUCGGGUACGAGGAGGGUCGGAACCUGCUCUCGGCCUCGCUGCGCUCCAAAACGGCUCUGACGGACGUCUUCCUACCCGUCGUCGAUCGGGCCGGCCGGCGCCGCCGCCACUGAUCACCGUUCAUUUGGGAGUAGCAAUUCUUUAAUGCAGACUUUGCUGGUGGGUUGUCUUGUCUAAUCAGGUUGGGCCAAGUUUGGCUAAGGGUCACAUCAAAAAUUCACAAAAAGACGAAUGCCCGCACGCAGUGCUAAAUGAAUUCUAUUUGCAAAAACUUUUUAGAAAUGGGUGUAAAUUUUCGAGACGAAUCUAAUGAGCCAAGUUUCAUCA